GCCAAUAGUCUAUCGAGCGAGCUGAGAUAAGCGUCGCGCGACACUCGCUGUUACUUGAACUACUUGAAGUAGUGUGCGUGUGUUUCGGCCGCACACUUCUUCGCGUCGCGGCGCGUCCUAGUAACUAGUAAUGUCCGUGCUCGCCCUCCGUAUAUACCGUAUUAUAUACGCACGUAUGUAUUUAUAUAUUCUCUCUCAUCGAGUCUAACGAUAACGUGAUAUAAAAGUCUUCGAAGAUGAUACGAUAAAUAUUUCGAUGGGCGAUAAUAUUUUCUCUAAAAUUUAAUAGUGUACGCGCGCCUUUUGUCGCUCGGUUGGCGGAUCGAUUCCGGGAAUUUUGACCGAGGCUUCGCUGCAACUUCUUGUUCCCUUCCUCCUUUGCCUCUUUCUUCCCCUCUCUCUCUCUCUCUUUGGAGUUGAUACACGGAAGAAGACAUCGCAGUCUAUCGAGUGAGCCGAGAUAAGCGUUAUUCGAGGGAUUCAAGGUCACGUACAUACGUAUAUAAAAGAAUUUCUCGACAAUCUUGCGAUCGCUUUCAUCGUAUAAUAGAGCAACGGGUUAGAUUAGGUUAGGAUUAUACAACUCUUGAUUCGAAAUAAGAUUAUUCUUAUUACGGAAUAGGUACACGCGCGAGAAGGUAUUGUAAUUUUGAAUUCAAUCAUUUAUGCGCGCGAUUGAUUGCGUGACUAAUUUUCUUCGCAAGUUAAAUCGAAUAACGUGUGCAUUAAUAAUAUUAUAUAUUUUGCCGUGAGUGUCGAAUUCUGUCGCGCAAAUAUUGACAAGUGCCGGGAGUGUUUUUUUUCUUUUUUUUUUUUUUUCGUGUGAGUGCCUAUUAUUACCGAGGAAAGUGCAUGACAUCGUCCAACGAGUGUCCAUCUACCUGUGACAAGGAAAAGGGGAUCCAAUCAACGUCGGAAAAAUGCUGAGGGGACAACCGAUGACUGAUCAAUCUGUCUACGUAAUCAACUCAGCUGUUAUGCAUCUAUUGGCAUGGAGAAGCCGGAGUCGUCCACGGGGGGCGAGAGUAUGGGCGCCGCCGAGCUCGAGGAUCGAGAUCCCAAUAAUUUGAACCAGCAUCUUCAGGUGAUGUGGGACGAUGUGAUCGGCGAACCAGAAGGGAUCCGUAGUCCCGAAUGCGGUUGGCGUCUUAGCGGACAUUGUUUCCGACUCUCCAGAGGAUGUUGUUACGUGUUGCUCUCCGUUCUUGUGGCGCCUGUGCUCGCUCUCUGUUUUGGCUUCAUGUUCGCCUGCCUAGCAUUUCAGCAUAUAUGGUGCGUCGCGCCGUGUCUGCGCGUGUGGAAAAUCACAUGCGCGGCGAUGCGAAAUUUCUUGGCGGCGGUGACACACGCGAUCGUCCGUCCUGUCAUGGAGUCGAUGGGUUAUCUCUGCCACAAUAUUCGCAUAUUCAAUCAAAGACUACCGGACGGUCCUUAUCAGAAGGAGGACCUGUUGGUCGUAUAAAUCGAUGAUCCCGCAGAGCGGCGGAUAAAAUUUAUAUUAUCGUUAUCAGAGUUUUGCAUCUUUUCGAACAUGUGACGCGAAUACCAGCGAACGUCAGGCGACGCGAGGCAUUAAUAGUAUGUAUCUAGAUAAAGAGUUAUAUAUAUUCUCUCUCUCUCUUUUUCUUUCGCGAGAGGAGAUAUUUGAUUCUAGAUAAAGAUACUUGCGACAUGACGUUCGAAUGCAGAGUUAAAAUAAAAAAAAAAUUAUUAAAUUUUAAUAUGAAUAUCAGAAUAUUAAUGACAACAUCGAAUCUAUAUCGCACAUAAUCGGGGAGAUUUAUUUUUAUAGUCUAUAUUUUACUCGUGCAAUAAUAGCGCCAAGAAAUUCCGUUGAAUUAUAUACAAUACUGUUGUAUGCGGCAAGAGCUCUGUUAAGUAUAUUGUAUUAGUAAGAGUAAAGGUCUCCCUUAGGUGUGCGUUUUGACCUUGUGUAAGAGUAUAAUAAUUUUAAUCCUGACAUGUGCCUUAGGGUAGUUGGAGAACGAGAGUGGAAAAGUUCGUGAACUAAAUAAUAUUUUACACGCGCCAAUCUUUUUCUUGUUGAGUCUAUAAUGUGUGCCUUGUUAUAUAUAUUAUUAUUGGAUACAAAUAAGUAUUCCAAUAAUGGAGUAAUCUAAAAACGCGAAAAUCCGGAAUUUAGAAAAAUUAAUCUAAAAUUCUAAUUAAUUCAAUGUAAUAUAAAUUAUCAAUGAGAAGAUAUAUACAUGCAAAAAAAACUAUAUAUAAAAUUACCAAU